UUUCCUCAGGGCGGUGGAAAAAUGAAGGCGACGUCCCUCGUCCGAUGGGUGUGUCUGACGGGCGGGAGGUGAUACUCGAACAGCUGCGGGCGCGGGCGAGUGCUGCGGAGCAAGGGUAAGGGUGCCGGCACAGGUGACAGCAUGGCUUCCCCGGACUCACAGGCCACCACCUACGCUCCGCCCGCCGUGCCCUCGGGGGUCGUUGCCGUGCUCCUCACCAUCCCCUUUGCCUUCUUCCUACCGGAGCUGGUAUUUGGCUUUUUGGUCUGGACUCUGGUGGCCGCCACGCAUGUAUCGACACCCUUGCUGCAUGGAUGGGUGCUGUACGUGUCACUCACCUCGUUCCUCAUCUCCCUGAUGUUCCUGUUGUCCUACCUGUUGGGCUUUUACAAGCGAUUUGCGUCCUGGAGAGUCCUGGACAGUCUGUACCAUGGAACCACAGGCAUCCUGUACAUGAGUGCCGCCGUCCUGCAAGCACACGCCACUAUUAUGUCUGAACAGAAAAACAUAAACGAGUACUACAUCAACACUGCAGCUUCGUUCUUCGCCUUCCUCACCACCCUGCUCUAUAUUCUGCACGCCUUCAGCAUCUAUUACCACUGAAGGGCCAAGGAACCAAAGCCAGUGAGACUCGCUUUCCAGAGGCCGUGUGUGACUGUCCCCAAAGCAGGUCUUGCCGUUUGCCAUCCGGGUGAUAAACACAAGUCCAGCAAGCCACCCACCAGACCGUCUUUCUGGAAUGUGUGCAGAGGCCCACUUCGGCAUUUGUCUCUCUGGACAUUCUUACUCCUCACGGUGACUAUGAGGAAACUGGUCCCCCACCAAUGAUGACUGGCCCCUCCCCUGAAAAUCCACCCCGCCCUCCACCCUUCGCCUUGAAGAUGACUGCCUCUUGAAGUUACUUACCGUGAAUUCAGCUCUUCUAGAAAAACAACUUUGAACCCCUCACCAGUCAAAAUACCAGCUCUGCCAUCACUCCUGUUUAGGAUCUCUUGUCUCGGCAAUGGUGCUCCCCACGAUAGGUUUAGGAAUAGUCAAUCUUAGUUUCUAAGAUCAGCAAGGCUCCAUGAAGGCCUGUAGGUCUAACAUAGCACCCUUAUGCAGACCUCCCUUGUAGCUACUGCUGCUACCCUGGAGCGGCUGUCCCCCCUCUGCCUUCUUCCUCCCGUCCCGCCCCUGCUUCCUCCGCACAUAAAACCAACUCAGAGGGUGCAUUUAUGGAAGAAACAGCGGUUGGGCUUGGGGAGUCAAAAUGGGAACGACAAGCCAGUUAAUGCCUAG